AUGGCCGCAACCAAGGUGGCGACAAAGACGUCGUCCUCGACGAAGAAGGUCGCCAAGUCUUCCAAGACCGACGAGCCCAAGCCGUCUUCCAAGCGUUCCAAGAAGGCGGAACCUGCCGCCGAGGAGCCCGCCGUCUCGAAGGCGCCCGAGUCUGAGAAGCCGGGCCCGAAGCCCAAGGCCGCAGCGCCGAUGGAGGGGGAGGCGAGCGAGCCGCCGGCGAAGAAGGCGCGCAAGUCCAAGGCCGACAAGGCCGACAAGGCUGAGGCCGAGCCUGCCCCCGCGGAGGAGGCCAAGGUCAACGGAGAUGCCACCGGUGGAGACUUUGUCGCCCGCGCCAAGGCUCUGGACGCGACUGUGGCCGGCGUCGCGAUGAAGCUCAAGCCGAAGGAGUUCUCGACCGGAUCAUACGGCUGGACCGCGAGCAAGAACACCAAAGUGCCCGGUCCCGAUGGCGACGUCGAAGUUACGGGUACCAAGCCCAAGGCGGCCAAGAAGGAGAAGGAGCCCAAGGAGGCAAAGGAGACCAAGACCAAGAAACGGUCCAAGAAGGAGAAGGUGAGCUGGCUGGAAGGGAUUCAAGCUGACGGCAGGUCGAGGAGGGGAGCGAGUGAUUACCCUUGA